AUGAGCGCCUCGUCUUCUUUACUGGGUCAGUCCGGGCUCAGAACGCGUCUGCUGAGUCGAGUCACCCACACUCAUCUGUUCCGACCAUACACCCCAUCAGACACCCCGAAAGCCUUGACUACCAAGUCGAUCCCGACCACCACCGAGCGAUUCCGAUUCCCAUCCUCGUGCUCGCCUCGCUGCGCCUCCUCCCCUUCGUCGCGCGACGGGUGCUCCUCCUCUUCCCCCUCUUCCGCCGCAUCGAGCCUCGCGUCCUCGGUCAUCCAGUCGGGUAAACACCGCCGCCUGGAUAUGGACAUCAUCUCUCUACACGACUCGUCCUCUUCCCCGCCUCCCCGUUCCCCUUCAGGGGAGGACGUCGAGAUGGAGGUGGACGUUCAAGUCCUCGAAGAUACCAGCAACAACGAACCCUCGAGCUUGUCCAAGAGGAAGCCAGCACACCAACCUCAACAACAGGGUAAGCAUCAUCCUGGCGCAGCAGAUGACAGGUCGAUCUCGACUUGCUUUCUCAUCUCGCGAUUGGCAGGUCGUACAGACUCGAUCACCAAGAAACCAAAGUUGCUGGCCGAGCACGUCACACCGAUGUCAACUCCGUCCAAGACCGCUUCUUCAGAGAACGUUCACCUCGCGUCGGCAACUUCUGUGGUCAAGUCGACUACGACGACCCCCAAACUCAACACCACCGGCCCCGCCGCCUCCCCUGCCCCUCUCGAACCUUCCCUCGUCGAUUGGGUCAAGGGCAAGUUCGUCGUCAAGCAAAAACCAUUCGAAGCGACCAAGAUCCCGAGUGCGAUCGAACGUCAGUCCAAUCCAAUCCCAUUCCGCUUCGAUACGCGAGACUGACGCGACCCUACCGACGCGUUUUGGGACAUCUUUGACAUUCAGGCUGGACGGCGUUCACGGCCGAAUUUGCGCAAAAGUUCCACUCGGACCCCGAGUUUGAAUUGGCCGAGUACCCGCAGCAACAUCAUGCGGUAUUUGCGGCGAUGAUCAAUGAAUCGUGAGUAAAACCGUCUGACGAACACAAACCCCCGUGAGGUCGCUCAUCCUCCUGCACGCCUCGAACCCCUAGAACCAAGACCCUCAUCGCCUUAUCCAAAUCCAUCCGCGACGAGCUCGUCAAAGCCCUCGACGGCGCGAUCCUCGGUCUAGCGAUUCAAGCCGACCUCGACGACGAAGAUGACGACGUCGAUGGUCGUGAAGUGGAGAGCAAGUCCGUUCUCGAAAGGGUUCCGUUGGGCCCCAUCAAGAACCUUGUUGCCGAGUUGGCGAAAAGGGUUAAUCAUGGCUUGGACGUCGGCAGUCUCCUUGUUAGUGGCGGUGGGCAAAAGGACGAGCACAAGUUGGACCAAGAUAAAACCCCAUCCGACCUCACUGGAUCCUCCAACCCCCUCGUCGUUCCUCAAGGCUUACAACUCUGGUUUUGGGAACUCAACAGUAUGAGUUUACUACCGACCGAGUUGCAGGCGAGGUUGACGAAGAGGAGGAAUCAGAGGUUCGAGAUGGGCAAGGCCUGUUUGAGAAUUUGGCAAGGGUUGGGGGAGGAAGAGAGGAAGGCUUUGCUGGUCGAGGGGAAUGGGGCGGCAGGCAAGAAUGGGGAGGGCGGGACGAGUACGGUCAAGGAACCCAAGGGGAAGGUCGCCAAGACUGUAGCGGUGGCUUCCUCAUCGACGGCGAACUCGGAAGCGAGUGGGAGUGGUAGCGCAAUCAAGAAGAAGAAGGUCAAGACGGACGAGCAACUGAGGGAGAUUGAGGACAAGAGAAGGAAGAAGGAGGAGGAGGAGAAUGAGAAGGCGGAGAAGAAGGCUGCGAGGGAGAAGGUCGUGAGUCUUUUGUUGCCCCAACAGGAUGUGGGGUGGGUCGUGGAUCGGUGGAUGCUGAUCUGUCCUGUGGUUGUACGGUUCAGGCCGCGGAGAAGGCAGCGGAGAAAGCCGCCAAGGAGGCCAAGAAGGCUGAAAAGCUGGCCGCGGAGGAGAAGAAGCGCAAGGUAAGGCGGUCGAUUGCAGUUAGCCCUAGGUCCGGGUGAAUACUGAACCUGAGCCCGGUGGCUGCCUUGCAGAGUUUGUCCAAAUCCGCGGGGUUCAUGAGCGCUUUCGUUGUCAAGAAGACGCCUUCGCCUGCUGCGUCGAAUGAUGUGACGGCCAACAGUGAGCAAGCGCGAUUGUGUUCUUGCCUUUCGAAACGGGCGCUGACGAGUGUGCUCGUGUGAACAGGCGCGGGUCAACGCGUCAAAGAGUCGGAUUUCAACCUCGUCUUCAAAGACUUCAACGACGCUCGAGCAGGUGUCGAAGUCGCCCCCAUCAACCGCUUCAAGAAGUACCGUCUCGCUACCAAGGGCAAACUUCCCGAAGUCCGCAUCGACUCUGAGCCGACUUUGUCCAAACAGACGGCUUUAGCGGAUCUGACCAAGGGGGUUCCUGCGCGACGCAUCCCGACCUACCAUUCCGCUCUGCCCAAGACGACUGUAUCGGUCCGCUCGAUCGCGGAAGAAGUCACGCAAUGCGCAGUGACAGGUGGCGAUCCCGCACCCCUCUUAAAGAUCCUUCAAGAUCGUCGUAAAGUCCCCGUCAAGCUCUUGAAGUUCCAUGACGACGUUCGUCCAGGCUACGUCGGGACGUGGACCAAAUGGAGUCGCACGAUCCGUCCUCGUGCGCCUCUCGAAGUCGAUCGAGCGUUGAUCAAUUACGAGUAUGAUUCCGAGGCCGAUUGGGAGGAAGAGGACGAGGAUGCAGAGGACCUUCGAUCGGGGGACGAACUUUCGGGAGAGGAUAAUUCGGACGACGACCUUUCAGACGAUUGGUUGGCCGGGGAUGAUGAUGUGGAGUAUUUGGAGGGGGCGGGGAGUGAGGAUGAAUUGAGGAUGGAUGUGGAUGGGGGAGCGGAGGAUCUGGAGUUGUUGGCUACGAGGAGGAGGUUGGAGAGGAGGGAGAAGAAGGGCAAGGCGAGGAACAAGAAGGAGAUCAAGACGUUGAUUCCGAUCGUCAAGGGGCCUUGUUGGGAGACGAGGCUUGGCGUGCCGAAGGAGAAGAUGUUCGAGUCGAUGAGGAUUCAGUUCUUGAAUGGUCAGUUGCGACGACUUUUCAUGGCUACGCGCAACCUGCUUCUGACCGUAUCUGACGUUUCCUUGGCAGACGCGCAUGUCGGCAUUGAUCCCUUCCGUUGGGAAUCCAAACCUCUGCCACCUCCGACGAACGGGAUGGCCGCCAAAGGCAAAGGCAAGGCCGUCGCCGACCCGACCAACACGGACAUGACGGCGCCCGGUCAAACAGGAGGCAAGAAGAAGGCCGGCGGCGUCUCGACGAUCAUGUCCGACGGCGACGUCGCUCGUAUGAUCUCGUUGAUCCAUGGAUCGGAAAUGAUGUCCAAGAUCAAGUUGCUGGAAGGCGUGGUGGAGAAAUUGAAUCGGUCGUCGGUGUUCAAGGUGCCUAAAUUGACGGUGCAAACCAAGUGGGGGGAAUUGGAUCCAAAGAAGGUCGAGAGUGCGACGAUCAAGGGGAAAAAAGUGUGGGACGUGGAUCAGGUCAUCAGGGUGAGUGAAAUUUUUCGGCAUAGGUUGGCUCAGGAUUGUGGCUGACUUGUGGCUGGGAUGACCGCCUCACAGGCCAAGUACGGUGUCGCUUGA